GCCCCGGGGAGGGGGACGCGCGCUGCUGACAGCUGUCGGGGGCGGCGGGAAUAGCCCCGGGGCCGGCCAUGGCGACGCCGUCCUGAGCGCGGCCAGCUCCCUUCUCGCCACCUUCCCCCCCGUCCCCGCUGUGCGGGGCUGGGCCCGGAGCCGCAGCUCUCCCCGCCCGCCGCAUCAGCAGCUCCUGCCGCCCCGCCCCUGCCAGGCAGCAGCGCCGGGGCCGGGCGGAGCAGCGCCGCUCCGCUCCGAGACAUGCGGGGGUCCCGGCCCCGCCAAGCCCUGUAGCCCGGCCCGGGCUCGGCGGACGCCCACUGAGCGGCCUGGCCCCCUCUCCGCCGGCAUGAAAAGCCCCAAGGAGGCCGCGGACUUGGAGCCGCCCUCAGCUGAUUAUGUCCAGUUGCAAGUGCCAGUUAUUCAGCAGUUGUACCAUUGGGACUGUGGGCUAGCCUGCUCCAGGAUGGCAUUGCAGUACCUGAAUCGUUUGAAUGAUGACGAAUUUCAGAAAGCCAUCCGGGAACUCCGGUUAACAAAGAGUAUCUGGACCAUUGACUUGGCCUACCUAAUGCGACACUUUGGUGUUAAGCAUAGGUUCUGCACACAGACACUUGGAGUGGACAAGGGCUAUAAAAAUCAGUCAUUCUACAGGAAACACUUUGAUACAGAAGAGAACAGAGUGAACCAGUUGUUCGUCCAAGCCAAAGCCAGCAAGGUGCUGGUGGAGAAGUGCACAGUGACUGUCCAGGACAUUCAGGAGCACCUGUCCCAAGGUCAUGUAGCCAUUGUCCUGGUGAAUGCAGUCUUGUUACUGUGUGAACUUUGCUCAAGUCCCGUCAAAUAUUGCUGUUUCCUCCCUAUUGGCCAGAAGUGCUUCUGCAGGAAUCCUGACUACCAGGGCCAUUUCAUUGUGUUGUGUGGCUACAACAAAGCUUCAGGGAGUGUCUACUACAACAACCCUGCCUAUGCUGACCGAACAUGCAGCACCAGCAUCAGUAACUUUGAGGAAGCCAGGACAAGUUACGGCACAGAUGAGGAUAUCCUGUUUAUCUAUACAGACAGCUGACAUCCAAGCUUGCUGCUUUGUCAUUUCUGGUGCAGUCUGCCCAGCACCCGCAUGGCAGCUGGCUGCUUGUCUCAGGACUCUUACUGCAGAGACUUAGCUCCUGAAUUGCAGUGGGAUCUUAAAUAAGGGAUGCUUUAUAGACAUUCAUACAAAUAUAUUGCAGUGUUGUCUUCAUCUUCUUAUUCCUGAUGAUGAACUAUCUAAUGUUGCAAUAUCUCUCUCUCUCACUCACACACAUACACACACACACACACACAAAACUUUAAUUUUAACUUUGCACAUCUGAGAGCAGUUUCAAAAUGCAAUCCCCUCAGAGUCCGACUCUUACAGUUGGCUAUGAGCUUGUUUCUGAAUUAAAGACUUUGAAAUAAAACACCAAGUACACAAA